GAAUAAAGAGGUGGAAAAUAAAAAAAGCUUGUGAAUUUCAAAGUAUCCUGGAUUUCUAAAUAGCGCAAAAAAAAGGUACAAAUUAUUUUCUUCGCACAUUGAAAAAGGUUAAGUGAAGUUUCCGGAAUUUAAUUGGACAAUUAAAAACCCGCCCGCAACCAUGUCCACGAUCACCAGAAGCGCUAGUGCGAGUCCAAUGGCGCUAAAUGGCGUUAUCGAUGCCAGCCUCUUCCCCCUGAAGUCCACCGCCGAUGUGGUUAAUCUGUUCCGUCGCGCUCUAACCUCUGGAAUCGAGCCCGAUCUCACCCUGCUCUCCAUUGUGGUUGGCUACAUCGAGCUCUCCUUGACGACAGGAGAGGCUGCUGCGCAGGCCGCUCAAGCCGCGGCCGCCGCUGCCGCAGCAGGUGACAUCAGUCAGGCGGCGACAGGCGGCAACGAUGUCAUCAUGGGCAACAGCGUUCCCUUUCCGGUUGUGACCCACGAGCUGAUCGCCGGGUUGUACAAGAAGUUCCAGACAAUCCUGUCGGUGGUGGAGAAGCCAAAGCCUCAUCGCCAGGCCACUCGCGAGGUGAUCAAGAAGGUUUCGGAUGUGAUCUGGAACUCGUUGAUCCGCAGCAGCUACAAGGAUCGUGCGCACCUGCAGAACCUCUACAGCUAUUUGUCCGGCAACAAAUUGGACUGCUUCGGAGUCGCUUUGGCAGUGGUGGCGGGAUGCCAGUUGCUCGGCUACAAGGACGUUAGAUUGGCCAUCUCGGAGGAUCAUGCCUGGGUGGUCUUCGGCCAGAAGCGGGUGGAGACCAUCGAGGUGACCUGGCACGGCAAGGGCAGCGAGGAUAAGCGAGGGCAGGAUAUUCGCCCGGGCAUCGAGUCAGGAUCGUGGCUUUACUUGGGUGGACUGGCAGUGAUUUGCGAGCGUGGGAUGGAAGUGGCGGCCAUUUGUGCCGCUCUGAACAUCUCGUUGACCUCGAACAGCGACUGCGUGGAGGUGGCAGAGCUGCAGCAGCAGCUGCUGUGGCUUCUCUACGACUUGGGCCACCUUAAACGCUACCCAAUGGCACUGGGCUCCCUCGGUGAGCUGGAGGAGAUCCACCGAACGCAUCCGAGCAUCAGCUGCGAGCAACUGUAUCGCGAGGCCAUUGAGUCGGCCAAGACGCACUACCGGAACCAUCAUGUGUAUCCCUAUACCUACCAGGGAAACUACUACAAUCGAUUGCUCAAGUACCGGGACGCUUUUGCCGCCUGGGCGAAUGCGGCGGAUGUGAUCCGUUUGUAUACGUACCAGUGCCGGGAUGACGAGGAGAUCUACAAGGAGCUGCUGGACAUUGCAAACGAGCUAAUACCCUACGUGAUGAAAACGGAGAGCUCCGGCCAUUCGGCAAGGAGCAUUUUGCGCGACUCCGAGGUGUUUGCCAAUCUGCUGCGAUUCUACGACGGCAUUUGCCAGUGGGAGGAGGACAGUCUGACACCCAUCCUGCAUAUCGGUUGGGCCAAACCGCUGGUGAACAACAUCACCAAGUUUGACUACGACAUAAGGUCCCAGGUGGUCAUCAAGUUGCCCGAGGAUUUGGAGGCGGAGCAGGCGAAGGCGGAACAGGCGCGGGCGGAACAGGAGGCUAAGGAAGCCAAGGAGUCUAAGGAGGCGACGGGAUCAGAGGCUUUGGAGGGGAACAACAACACGUUGGUGAAGAAGGAGGAGAAAACAAAAAAUUCCGAGCUUCCGACUACUUUGGCUGAUUUGACGGCUGCCUGUGGCGAGAAGAUUCUCAAUCCGGACUUCCUGCUUCAGGGCGGAGGUCAGCCCUUUGCCGAUCAGAAGCAACAACCCUCUGCUGGGGAUUCCGAUGUGGCAGAGCUCCACAACAACAACAACAACAGCAAUAGCAAUAACAACAAUCACAGUACCGACAAAAAGGAGGCUCCAACUACAACAACAACUGCGACAAGCAAUGGCAGCGGAACCUCUGUCCAGUUGCCCGUUUCCAGUGAGGCGGCGAUCCCGGCUCAAUCCCAAACUACCCAACUGGGAAAACCACCACAGCACAAAGAAGCUAAGAAAGAGGAGACAACCGACGACUACGAUCCGUUUGAGAUCAUGCUCAAGAGGCCAGUGAUCACCUUGUACAGCCAGAAGAUGAAGGGUCUGAAGGAUCUGCUGCUGGCCGAGAAGCUUAACACCCAUGCUAUUUCCCUCCAAGUCACCGCCCAGUCGGUGGCCUCCCGAAAGGUUCGCGGAGUGGAGAAAUCGGCCACGAUUUCCGCCACCAUCACAACAAUUUCGUCGAGUUCCGGCGACGCUGUCCUAAGUGGAGCAGGUGGUGGCGGUGGCACUGGAUCAGGAGCCACCGGUGGAGCAUCCUUGGCAUCGUCGUCGCCGGGAGGAGACUCGAUAGCCGCCUCACGUCCGAAGAGAACGCGUCGCGAGUAAUCCUCAUUGUUGUGUAUUGCGUAUUGGAAAACUCUUUAUUAAUCAAGUGUGCAUGUUAAGGUGGUUCGAUUUCUGAUUUGCGUCAGAAUCAUACAAGCGGAAAGUAAUAUUCUUAUGAGUGAAAUUGUUUACAAAUUAAUAAGGUUGUUUUUUCAUACACCUUUCGGAUAAGAUCAACUUAAGUAAUAUUUACACUCGAGCUUUGGAGCACAAAUAAUUUAAAACCAACUUUAAAGUAAAAAAAAGGUUACAUUUAUUUUGAAAUCAUUUGAAUACUGUUUUUAUGGUAAAAUAACAUAAAUUAGAUAUUACUUUCCGCCCGAGAGAUUUGUAAACGUUUUUCAUUCGUAGAAAAUCGAGCCUCCGCAGUAGCCGUGCAUAUAGAACAUAUAUGCUAUCAUAUUUUUGAUGUUCGAUGUGUAUUUAUGUAGUUCGUAAGCGCGAAACGAAACAAAAAUGAAGCCGUUAAAGAACGCCUAGCGUUUUAAAAAAGAAAUAUAAAUUGUGAAACACACACACAGACUUGUCCCAACAAACAAACACAGGCACACGAAACGCUAAGCUAUGCUAAGUAUUUAUAACGUAUUUUUAGCUGUUAUUCCUUUUCUCAAUGUAUUUAUUGCUGCAACUAUGUAUUUCCCCUCCAGCAUGUUUUAACUUUUUUUUAUUAUUAUUGUUUAAGCGUAACUUAAUUGGUGCUCUUCUUCGAAAUCGAAAGCAGUAGAAUCGGUUCUAUAUUUGAUUUCGUUCCUUUAACCCAUGAAAACUCGGUCGAAAUCAGAAAUGGAGUCCGAACUGCUCAUAUUUAUGUAUUUACUUUAAAGCAUUUUAUUGAGGCUAAGCUGUUUUAUUUUACUCUAUUUACACACAUACAUACAUAUAUCCUGUAAUAUUUAAGAAUUCAAAACUUUGUUACGAACUGUUGACUUGAAGCAACACAAAACAGUUGACAAGACCCGAAUGGAAAACAAAAGAAUACAUAUUUAACACUUCCUCUAUAUGUGAUACAACACUUUUUCUAGAAAAGCUUUCAUAUUAUCUUAUAAAACUAAAUAGAUUUAACCACUCUCCACACACUUUAAGCGAACACUACUUAAGUGGGCUGGCAGCAGCAGGACAGGCUCUUGUUUAGGGAUAGUCCAGUCCAAAAUAAAUCCCGAACCCACAAAAGUCCUUACAAACUUGACACCCCAUUUGGCUACAGCAAUUAUGGACAAAAUCGGAGCUUGUAACAAAUUGUUAAAUGAUGAUAAUAAUAGCAUUGAAUUUAAUUUGAUUUGUGCGUAGAGCAUCUGUGAUGAAUAAUAAUGUUUAGAAGAGAGAGAAAGAAAGAGAAGAGAAAAGUGGAGAGCCCGAGACAACACGAAAACUGAUCAACAAUAUUACUAAUCAAAUGUAUGGUGUUUUAUUCCUCAUAUAUAACAUUAGCAGACUAAAAGCAACACACAAAUGAAAUCAAAACAAACUAUUUAAUUAUGUAGAUUUGCAGACCGCAACAACUAAAUGUUAAAUGUUGAACAACAGUUAUAUAUAAAUGUAAACUAGAUACAGAAACUAACAACCCAACAAAGGAGUAUAUAUUUUGGCAUACAAAAUUUUUAACAUUAAGUAAACGGAUGAAAGAAGUCGAAUUGAGAAAUAUUUUUUAUUUUCAUUACAUUUCGGACAGCACGAAAUCCAAACAAAAAUAGACAAAAACUGAAAGUUCGCUAUACAAUAAUCAAAAGGCAGCAACUCGACAACAGAAACAAUAUGAAAACCUAUAAGCAUAUAGCAUAUAUAUUUAUUAAUGUUAAAGUAACGUACAUUUUUGCUCUAAUUGUUUAAAAUAGCCAAUCAGCAGCAACAGUUAAAUUACAUGUAGCUUAAAAUCCAAAUGCUCAAUAAUCCUUUUAGCUUGAAAGUCAAAUAGCCAACAGUAAAGAUGUUAUACAAAUCAUUAAACGCAUAAAAACGUAA